UUACAAGGAAAAAAAUGAAUUUGUGAAACAUAUGAAAAAGCAUUGUAUGUUUUGUGAUGUUUUAUGUGAAAGUGUAAACGAUUUAGAAUUGCACUUAGAGAACCAUCAUGGAGAUGAGCAUGUAAUGAAACAAAAUCGAGAUCAACAACAAGAAAAACUAAAGCAGCAGCAUGAAAAUAAAUCAGCUGUGAAGGUGGAAAAGUUUUGUGGUGAUUGUGAUAAAAUUGUGAAUAAUAUACGAUCACACGUUCGUAGCGAAGAACAUCGAUCCACCGUGAGAAAAAAUCUGGAUUCUGACAUAAAAAUUGUUAAAAGUGCAUUUAACAAAAAUAUACUCAGCUAUGAGAUACAAAACAAUAAAGACAUUUUGUACCCGAUCGAUUUUCUUAAUGCUUCAAAAGAAUUAAUAAUUAAAACCUUGAAAAAUGAGUUAAACGGUAAAACGCUCAUAAAAUUUAAUAUGGAACUCCAAGGACUGUAUGUGAAACCAAACAAUGAAAAAGAUGGACCUUCAACUUCCAAAGAGUUAACUAUUGAAAAUAUAUUUAAUCAUAUUUCAAAAACAACGCUAUUAACCCUGGGAGAUGAUUUGGAAGAGGUCGUUUUCAACCACUGUGUGGAAAUUAUAGCUAAAUCAGAAGAGUUCCAAGAAAGAGGCUCUAAUUGGGCCCUGGAGAAACUUUUAAAACUUGACAUAAAUGUGUUGAGAGCCAACUUAACACGUGGCUCACAUUAUAUUCCAACUCCGAAAUCAUUAAGCAACAAGAAGGGUGCGUGCCUUAACAUCAAAAACUAUGAUGACUUUUGUUUUAAGUGGUGUAUGGUUGUUGCAUUGGGGGAAACUGCAUAUGGAGAUCCGAGUAUAACCUCUUCAUAUAACGUAGACAUACACCAAGAUGUCAUUAUUCUGCAGUCUGGAAUAUCGCUAAAUUUCGAACAAUUAAAUUUCCCAUUGGGUCUUAAAUAUAUAAAAAAAUUUGAAAUGAACAACCCAGAGAUUAGCGUAAAUGUUUUCGGUUAUGAAAACAAGUCGGUCGUUGGUCCAUAUUACUUAACAAAGGAGACGAAAAGCAAUCACAUUAAUUUAAUAUUGCUGCACAACGAAGAAAAUUUCCAUUACAUUUUGGUUAUGGAUAUGUCUUGUCUUAUGCGGUCUCAAUUCACAAGUCAUAAGGAGAAAGGUUACUUUUGUUUUGGAUGCCUGCAAUGUUUCCACGAUGAAAAUAAAUGUAUGACUCACAAAAAGCAGUGUGGAAAAGUAGUCUGUGCCCUGCCGAACAAAAAAGAAGCCGUACUAAAGUUCGUCAAUCACAAGAAAAAGGAUAAGGUGCCUUUCGUUAUUUAUGCUGACUCCGAAAGUGUACUGGAAGACGUGCAGGAAGAUGAGAACAAUGGGGCGAGUAAAAAAACGGAAAAGGUAAAGAAGCAUAUUCCAUGUGCUUUUAGUUAUUUUAUUAAAUGUAGUUUUAAUGAAAAUUUAAAUAAGUUAUUUAUAUAUAGUGGUCCCGACGCAGCAAAUGUUUUUCUGAAAGAACUAAUUCAGGAUUGUAAAUUUUUGUAUGAUAGUUACCUAACCAAAACGAAACCUAUGAAUACUCUAACCCCCGAAGAAGAGACAGCCUUUCUUAGGGAUAUCAAUUGUCGUAUAUGUGGCGACAUUUUAGGUAACGAUAGGGUGAAAGAUCAUUGUCACUUAACGGGGCAAUAUCGAGGUGCGGUACAUAACCAUUGCAAUCUGCAAUAUCAUCUACCUAAAUUUAUUCCAAUAUAUUUCCACAAUUUUUCUUCGUACGACUGUCACCUCUUCUUUAAAGAGUUAGUUGAAUUUGGAGGUGAAAUAAGAGUCAUACCUCAAAACAAAGAAAAAUAUAUUUCAAUGUCUUAUUUCAUUAAUAUGGACCGACUCUAGUUCUUUAAAAAGUACAGUUGUUGUAGGAGAAGAAGAAGAUUCGAGUGAGGAAGAUGAUGAGGAAUUCCAGCAAGAAGAGGAAAGUGAGGGCAAAAAAGAGAAGAAAAAGAAAAUGAAUAGAUUAGAGCAUCGUUUCUUAGAUAGUUUUCGAUUUAUGCCUACUAGUUUGGAUAAAUUAGCAAGGAAUUUAUCUCGAGAUUCUUUUGUUGCUGUCAGAUCUCAUUUUCCUGAUGAUGAAUCAUUUGAACUUAUGACUAGGAAAGGAGUAUUUCCCUACGAAUAUAUGUCAUCAUUUGAAAAAUUGAAGGAGAAACAACUUCCCCCUAUAGACCAAUUUUAUAAUAAGUUGACCGAUACUGAAUGCUCGUCAGACGAUUAUAGGCAUGCAACAAAUGUUUGGUCACAUUUUCGAUGUCAAACUAUGCAAGACUACAUGGAUUUGUACUUAAAAGCUGAUGUCUUGCUUUUAGCAGACGUAUUUGAAAAUUUCAGGAGCUUAUGUAUGCGAAUUCACGAACUGGACCCUUGUCAAUAUCUCACAGCACCAUCUCUAUCUUGGGAUGCAAUGCUACUAUGUACUAAAGUCGAACUUGAGCUACUCAGAGAUAUAGACAUGUACAAUUUCUGCAAAAAUGGUAUUCGGGGAGGGCUUACCCAGUGCUCAAACAGACACUCGGUAGCAAAUAAUGAAGAUGCUCCCAAUUAUAAUAGUGCCAAACCAGAGGUAAAUAUCUAUUAUUUGGAUGUAAAUAAUUUAUAUGGUACAGUUAUGACUGAGUGUCUCCCUGAAAAAGAUUUUAGAUGGGUGGAGGGUUAUGAAAUGGAGAAAUUCAAUGAUCCAGCUGUAAUAUUAUCUAUUCCUGACAACGCUCCUACUGGUUUUAUUUUAGAGGUUGAUAUUGAAUAUCCACCGCACCUUCACGACAAACAUAACGAUUUACCUUUUUUGGCGGAGAAAAAGUGUGUUGAAGGCUCAAAAACUGAAAAACUGAUUGCAGAUUUUACUGACAAAACAUCAUACACCAUACACUACAAAUUACUUAAGCAAUCUCUGAAACAUGGACUAAUUCUUAAGAAAGUCCAUAGAGUUUUGGCUUUCACACAAAGCGCUUGGUUAGCUCCUUACAUACUGAAGAAUAAUGAACAUAGGGAAAAGGCUGAAAAUGCCUUUGAAAAAGAUUUUUUUAAAUUAUUGAAUAACUCUUCAUUCGGUAAGACAAUGGAGAAUAUCGACAAAAGAAAAACUGUGAAAAUUGUGACAAUGUGGGUAGAUGAGGCAAACCAAAGAAGAAGGAAUGUUGCUAGUAAAUUAAUCUCGAAGCCAAAUUUUCACAGCCUUUCGAUAUUCUCCGAAAAUAUGGUUGCUAUUCAAAUUAGGAAUGUCAGAGUAAAAUAUGAUAGACCAUUGUACUUAG